AAGGGCAUUCUAACAUCUAGUUAUGCUGAAAGAAUGAACGUGGGAUGUAUUGUAAUAGUCGAGAUUCUAGUGAACCACCUUGCGAGUCCCUAUGGUAAUGACUUAUCGAGAUCAGUGUGAUAUUACCAAAAUACAUUUGGCAAGCUUUCCAAAAGGUCAUGCUCGGGUAGUUUGCAAGGGCAUUCUAACAUCUAGUUAUGCUGAAAAAAUGGAGGUGGGAUAUAUUGCAAUAGUCGAGAUCCAAGUGAAUCAUCUUGCCAGUCCCUAUGGAAAUGACCUAUCGGGAUCGGUGUAGUAUUACCAAAAUACAUUUGGCAAGCUUUGAAAAAGACCAGGUUCGAGUAGUUUUCGAGGGCAUUCUAACAUCUAGUUAUGCUGAAAAAAUGAAGGUGGGAUGUAUUGCAAUAGUCGAGAUCAAAGUGAAUCAUCGACUCAAUCCCUUUAGAAAAAUGUCGAAAAAUGCGAUGAUGAAUACGGUAGUAGAAUAUCUUGUAUAGCUUAGAUGAAGCCUUGUUGCUAAUUGGAUUUCAAUCAUUUUAUACUCAUUGGAUAGCUCUUUCUUCGUUCUAUCGAAAACCGUAAAGAAACCUCUGGUCCCGUUAGAAUUAACAGAGAAAUACAGCUUGCAAUGAGAAAGAGAACAAGCAAGAAUGGGAUAGAAAACAGUAGGGUCGAUCUAAUUUUGAGACUGUUGUACUCACAAAGUAGAGAGUAAGGAGAAGGUGAUAUAUACAGUUUUGUAGAGCGAACUUUGCUCUAUCAAACGGUAUAUUACUCAAAAAGAUUAUGAUAAUUUACUGUGGAGAUAAUGACCAAAUACUGACAUACGAAGUUUUGCAAGAAAAAUAAAAAUAUUUUUCAAAACCUAUUGAGGGUGCAUUCAGUGUGUCCUUCAUAACUUUUCAAAGGUAAGUCAGAAUGAGCUAAAAUUUUGGAUUUAUAGGUUUCUCACUUUGCUCUUUCAUUUCCAAUCAUAAAAUAUAGGGGUCAAAAUUUUUGAGAGUAUGGCUCUAUUGAAAAAUUCUCGAUCGACUCGUGGACCGUCUCUUAAAUACACAUAAGUUUUUGAACAUAAUUAAAUCUACGAUUGAUAUAAAUUAGUAGCAUAUUAAUUUAUUACUUUAUAAACUUUCUCAUAAAAUUUAAACAUCGGCACCUGCCUUCUCUCCUGUUCCUACUCCAUUUUCACUCUGAUGAGAAAAAGCAUCAACUUUGGAGUUGGAAUUGCCCAUCUCUGAUAUCAACCAUUUCAAAAUACUUACUCUUCAGAUUCUCCUGAACAUAUCCAUCACAUGCGAGCUUACAGAAGACUUCUCAGAACAAGUACUAUAUAAGGAUUACAGCAUGAUCCUCAUAGAAGAUACUCAUUAUUUUUCGAUUUUGACAGAGUAUCUUAUUUAGUCAUCAUGAUUCUCUUCGAGGAUCCUAAUACAAUGGUUUGAAGAUGGUGUUCAUCAAAAGUUAAAAAUAGCAUUUUAGAACACUUUCUUUUCAAAGCCCAUAAAAUCCAUAGAUCCCAAUGUUUGUCACUGGAGAGCUCCGUUCGAAUUGGCAUCCAUCUUUUCAGCAUUUGCAAAAGUAGAAGCCCUCUCAGAUUACAUAGAUUCGCGUGGAAUCCUAUCAACUUUAUUCAGUUUCGUCUGUAUCCAAGCCUUCUCAUGAUCUUACUCAGAGUACAUUACGGUUGUUCUUCGAACAGCUUCACAUAACUUACCAAAAGCCUUAUAAAAUUUCACCGGCAUUCUCUAUGUAAAUACUUAGGAGAUUCUUCGGCAGAUCUACAUUCAUCAUACAGAAAAUCAUGCAUCCUUAAGGUUUCCUAAAAAACAUAGGGAUUAGGUUUGAUAUUUUAUUGUUCAACGAUUCGAUAUUCUUCUCACAAGAUACAGAUAGAAUCUUCUCUGAUGUUCAUAUAAAUGAUCAUUCUGCUAAAAAGAUUCUGAAUUCUUGCAAUUCUGAAAAAAAUCCUCAGAUCCUUAUGUAUUUCUAUCAAAAACUUACAUGGAAUUAGUAUUACUCUUUCUUGGAGAACCUCCUUACAGCAAUCUCCAGGUGUUAUUUUUAUGAUCAAAAACACCUUGGCAAGAACUAGAAAUAACAUAGAUGUAAGAAUCGUUACCAAAUCCUUUUUUCUCAUAGAAAACUAGGAAAAGACUUCUGAAGUUUUAUCUGUGGAAUGAGCAUUCUCAAAGACGAAUGUCGUAUUUGUAGCACUUGCUCCCACGAGAGAUGGGAUCCCUUCGACGACGACGAUUUCUUCUCUUUUUUUUUCAUUUUAGUAAUUCCAAAUAUUCCAGCCGAUGCCCGAUGGAAACAGAAUGGUGUGACUGUUGCUGGAGGUCAUGGACAAGGCAGUGCUGCCAACCAACUCGACCAUCCGUUUGGUCUCUUCGUUGAUGAUGAUCAAACGAUAGUCAUCACUGACUUCCACAAUCAUCGUAUCAUCCAAUGGAAGAUGGGUGAUGCGAAUGGACAAGUAGUAGCUGGUAGCAAUGGGCAAGAAAGUCCAUUGGAUCGAUUGUGUCAUCCAAGCGAUGUGUUGAUCGACAAAGAGACGGAUAGUCUCAUUAUUUGUGAUCAACAUAAUUGGCGAGUCGUACGAUGGUCUCGUCGUAGUGGUACAACGCGAGGAGAAAUCCUCAUCGACAACAUUAGUUGUCGGGGAUUGGCCAUGGAUGAUCAGAGAUAUCUCUACAUCUCUGACUACGACAAACAUGAAGUAAGACGAUAUCAAAUAGGAGACAAGAAUGGAACUAUUGUGGCUGGUGGCAAUGGCAGAGGUGAUGGUCUCAAUCAACUCAGCUGGCCGAACUACAUCUUUGUCAAUCAACAACAGACUGUCUACGUGUCAGACUACCACAAUCACCGUGUAAUGAAAUGGAAUAAAGGUGCAAAAGAAGGAAUUCCGGUCGCUGGAGGUCAAGGCCAAGGGAAUGCUCUGACACAAAUGUCGUCUCCUCAAGGACUGUUCGUCGAUACAUUGGGUACCAUCUAUGUGGCAGACUCGUCGAAUCAUCGAGUGAUGCGUUGGCCUAAAGGAGAGAAACAAGGCACUGUCAUUGUGGGUGGAAAUGGUCAAGGAGAAGGAGCAAAUCAGUUCUACAAUCCGACCGGUGGAUUUAUUACAACAGAAAAGAAUGAAACAAGAUAUAUUCUUCUUGUGAAUAAAAAUUUAUUUAUAUCGACAUAUCUAUUCUAUACACAUCAAGAUCAACAAUUUGUUAUUCAUGUACAAGUAUGUAUUAAUCAAUAA